AUCCAGAACAGAAGAUAGGAGAACAGCUGGCAACCGCAGAGCUUGUUCUUUGGUUUACCUGCCUGCCUGAUUUUAAUCACAAACUUACUGAGAAGUCAUGGAGUUCCAAACAUCUAGAAUGCCAUUCCUGGGAAGGAGGGAACCUCUUACCUCCGUGUACAGUUACAGUUCCUACGUUCCAGCCCAAAGACGAACUCUACCUGAGAUCGAGUUGUUCAGCUCCCGCAGCAUCGAGCCAUCACUGAUUGAAAGGAUGAGCUUCCGUGGUCAAGAUUCAACAAUUACAAUUGCAGCUCUAGGAAGGCCCCUCCAUCUGGGCAGGUUGUACGACUGCCGCAACGAUUCCUUCAUUACAGGUGUUACUCUCUGGGACGAAGAGGAAUUGAAUAAAGAUCUGCGACCAAUGGAAAAGCCAAAUACAGAGGUGCAUUACUCCAAUUCGGACUCAAUCCAGAAAAAGGCCAGACUCCUGAAUGUGAGCGCUUCCCUUAAAGCCAGCUUUCUGGGGGGCUUGGUGGAGGUUGGGGGCUCAGCCAAAUACUUAAAUGACCAGAAGUCCUCAACAAACCAGUCGAGGAUUACCAUGCAGUACAUCCAGACAACGAGACGCGAAGAACUAACCAUGAAGCACCUCAGCAAAAUCACCUACCCUCAGGUGUUCGAGGACAAGAACGCCACUCAUGUCGUUACGGGUGUGGACUACAGAGCUCAGGCUUUUAUGGUGUUUGAUAAAAUGACCUCAGAAGAGGAAGACGUAAAAUCGGUCGAUGGAGCUGUUGAGGCAAUGGUUAGGAAGAUGUUUCCUGUUGACGGCAAAGCGUCUGUAAACCUGAGCACUGAGGAGAAGAGCCUGGCUGAAAAUAUCAACUGCACUUUCUACGGCGACUUUGAGCUUGAGGAGAACCCCACCACGUUCGCGGAAGCCGUGCAGUUGUACAAGAAGCUGCCAUCUUUCUUGAAGCAGGAUAAAAGCAAAGCCGUGCCGUUGAAGGUUACUCUGUAUCCCCUUGCCUCUUUGGACAGCAGAGCAGCUAAACUGGAGAGGAGUGUCCAAGAAAGCCUGCUAAACAAAGUUGAAAGUGCAUUGGAUGAGCUGACAACUGUGGACAUGAGAUGCCAAGAUUUGCUUAAAAACAAAACAGUCAAUGAUUUUCCAGAUGUCAAAGAAAGGCUGCAGACCUUCCUGGAAUUGUAUAGUGACUAUAAGUCGCUGUUCAAGAAAGAACUGCGAAGGCUCCUCCCUGCUAUCCGGAGUGGGGAGGAAAACGAGCAGGAGUUGGUAAACAUUCUGAAAAUCCAUCAGGCAUCUCCUUUUAGACCUAAAAUCCUAAAACAGUGGUUGGAGAGCUUCCAGAUUGAAGUAGAUCGGCUGCACGACUACAUCGGUGAACUGAGCAGCAUUACAUCUACAGUUACUUCUUCGGAGAGGUUCACCAGCAUUCUCAGUAAGAGCACAGUGGAUACGGUCAUAUGCUUCUCCUUCACGUCUUUGAAGGACGAAGACCCAAUCCUGGCAUCCCUUCCGACCAUAUUCGACGACUUUGAGAAGCUUCCUUCGCAACCAAAAACUCCAACUGACCAAAUUGAUGGAUUGCGCUGGUUCAACAACCCAGAAAUUAUUAGGAGCAUGAACAAGAACGUCUUGCUCUUUAAAAACUUCUGCGGCAACCAGAACAAGCCCAACACCAUGUUCGUCAUCGCCACAAUCCCAGACCCCUCCAACCCAGGCACCUCCAUACGCCGCUAUGAAAAAUGCGAAAUGGUGGAUGGCAGCUUCCAGCCUGUGUCCAAGCCUCCUCUGCCCACGGUGGAGAUCUUGGACAAGAGCGUGGUCCUCAAGCUUCAGAAGCCCCCAACUGGAGUGCCAGUGAAGUUCAGAGUAGAAUACAAAGCAAGCCAUUCAGAUUCUGAAGCCUGGGAGUUCAAAGACACUCCUGAUGCACAAGAAAGCUUCACACUAACCGAUCUGGAGAUGGCGCACCAGUACUGGGUUCGGUACAGAGCAGUCAGCGAUGUGGGGAUGAGUGAAGCCAGCGACGCUGUACCCUUCUCUCUCAAGGGGACGGUCAAUGUUUCAGUGGGACACAAAUGGGACUGGAAAACAUCUUCCCUCUUUAACGAUGUGAGGACAAAAAUCAUGACCAGCUUGGGAAUCUCACGGUGGAAUCUGUCCACCAUUGACUCAGAGGUGACAAAUCGACUCAGCAACGUUAGACUUCCCUACGCUGACACAAUCCCCGGAGGGCUGAGACCUGGAAUGGCUAUAUAUUACCAAGGGGUUGUUGAUCCAAAAGCCACUGAGUUUGUCAUAGAUCUCCAGAGCGGGAAUGACAUUGCCCUUCACUUUAAACUUGACAUUAGAAACAUGUCAGCGAUCUGCGACUGCUGCAGGAAUGAACGCUGGGAGGGUGCUUCUUACGUCAACAAAGCCUUUCCUCUGUGCCCUGGAUCAGCCUUCGAUAUGUUCAUGGUCAUUAAAAAAGAAGGAUAUGAGGUGUAUAUAAACGGUGAGAAGUUUUGCAAUUUCGAUCACCGAAUUCCAGUUGAGAAAGUAAAAACCUUCAACAUCCGUGGAAUAGUCUUAAUCAACACCAUGGGCUAUGUAAAUAACUGGAGCACAUCAACCUUUGGUAAAGAACAAAGCCGAGAAAACUCACGUGGGAGGAAUUCCGAUGUCCAGUUUGGAGAGGCAUACCCGGUCUGCAACCCUAGCAAAACCUACACAGGACCAAUAGCUGGAGGCCUGAGAGCUGGACAGGCUUUGUUCUUCCAGGGUGUCGUUCCAACAGAUGCCAAAAACUUUGCGAUAAAUCUGAUGUUAGAGAACAGGGAAGACAUCGCAUUCCACUUCAACCCUCGCAUUGAGACCUCCAGUGUGGUCUGCGACAGUUGCCAAGGUGGUUGGUGGACAAGAAAAGUCGAGUUUUAUAAGUCUCCAUUUGUCAAAGGAAGCGCCUUCGACAUCUUCAUGGUUGUUAAACCAGAUAACUUCAAGGUCAUUGUGAACGGACACUUUUUCUGUGAGUUCCAGCGCCGAGAUCCUUUGGAGAAAGUGAAAGACCUGAACAUCAAUGGAGACGUCUUCAUGAACCACUUCGGCAUCUGUGAAGUGGACCAGAUUAAAAUAAGUGUCACCUUGCCUGCCCACAAAGGAAACUGAUCGCCACGACUACCCAAGAUGUCUUAUUUUUUAUAAGUACUCAAGUAUCAUUGUGUUUAUAACAGGUUUUGAGUACUCAAUAUAGAGAAAAAAGUUUUGUGACACCAGUUUAUUCAUUGUGUCUUCCUAUUUAAAAGAUUUGAUCAUGCUUUUGUUGGAUUAACUGUCUCUAUACUGUUCAUAGAACACUUUCUACUAGAUUAUUAAACAUUGGUGUAAGGAUUUGAUUGCAUUCAGUAGCAACAAGAAAGAUGUUGGAUGAUCCCUAAUGUAUUCAUGUAUACAGUUUCUCCUCCAGAGUCCUAUUCUAUUGGAAGCAUCUAUUCACAGGGGCUAAACAAGCUGUUUAAGUGUGUACAUUAGAAGGGGUGUCCACAAAUAAAAGUGGUUAUAUAUAGUAGGAUUUGUUUUUUUUUCACUUUCAUUUCACUGAACUUUCACUUAAGUGGAGAAGCUCUUUAUCGCAAAUAAUAUGAUAUAAAUGAUUUACUGGAAAAUGCUAAUAAAACAAUAUAUUCCUUAAA